CACACACACACACACACACACACACACGCACGCCAGGAUCCUCACACUGUACCUGAGCACUCCACUCCACUCCACGCAGCGACCACCCACGCUGGGAUCCAGUGCGCGCGGGAGACGGACACAGUGGAAGAAACCCACUGCUUUCCACAGCUGCACAGUCUCUUCAUCAUCUUCCCCCCACCAUCAUCACCAUCACCACCACCACAGUCUCUUCUAGCCAGUUAGAUCAUGAACCUGCUCUUUUCUGGUUGCUAAGGAGGGGAAAUCGAGCUCCGAGGAGUGGACGAGGCGGUACUUACUAAGAGACGGACAGAGAGAACAAGAGACCAAACAUGGCCCAGGCCUCUCAGGACCAAGGUGCAGUGGGCGUAGCUGACCCAGAUGAGGAUUCACCCAACAUGAUUGCUUACAGAAAGAUUGAAGACAUCAUCACACGCCUCCAAGAUGAAACCGAAGGUGUGCCUGUCAGAACGGUCAAGAGCUUCCUGUCCAAGAUUCCCAGCGUUGUUACAGGUUCUGACAUUGUUCAGUGGAUGAUGAAGAACCUCAACAUAGAUGAUCCUGUGGAGGCCAUACACAUCGGCAGCCUGAUCGCCGCCCAAGGCUACAUAUUCCCUAUCUCUGAUCAUGUUCUCACUCUCAAGGAUGAUGGGACGUUAUACCGCUUUCAGGCUCCAUACUUUUGGCCCUCUAAUUGCUGGGAGCCAGAGAACACAGACUACGCCAUCUAUCUGUGCAAACGGACCAUGCAGAACAAGACCCGGCUGGAGCUGGCGGACUAUGAGGCGGAGAAUCUAGCGAGACUACAGAGGGCUUUUGCAAGAAAGUGGGAGUUCAUCUUCAUGCAGGCUGAGGCACAGGUCAAGAUCGACAGGAAAAAAGACAAAACGGAGAGAAAGAUUCUGGAUAGUCAAGAGAGAGCCUUCUGGGAUGUUCACCGUCCUGUGCCUGGGUGUGUGAACACCACAGAGAUGGACAUCAGAAAGUGCCGUCGCCUGAAGAAUCCUCAAAGGGUGAAAAAGUCAGUGUAUGGAGUAGUGGAUGACACACAGACUCAAAGUCCUGUACACACACCCUCCCAGCAGAGCAGCAAGGACACCAGAGAGGACGUAGAGAAAGAGAUUCUGUUCUUGAACACUCAGUUGGAUCGGCACUGUAUGAAAAUGUCCAAAGUCGCUGAGACAUUGAUGAGCUACACAGAGCAGUAUCUUGACUAUGACCCCUUUGUGACAGUACCAGACCCGGCUAACCCCUGGAUCAGUGACGAUGUCACUUUCUGGGAGCUGGAGGCCAGUAAGGACCCAAGUCAACAGCGAGUAAAGAAGUGGGGCUUCUCAUUGGACGAGGCUUUAAAGGACCCAGUGGGCCGUGAGCAGUUUCUUAAAUUCCUGGAGUCCGAAUUCAGCUCCGAGAACCUGCUGUUCUGGUUGGCUGUGCAGGAUCUGAAGUGCCGCCCCCUGCAGGAAGUAGCAGCUCGUGCUCAGGAGAUCUGGCAAGAGUUUCUUGCUGAGGGAGCUCCCAGUGCCAUCAAUCUGGACUCGCACAGCUACGAGCGCACCAGCCAGAAUCUAAAAGACCCGGGCCGCUACAGCUUUGAAGAUGCCCAGGACCACAUCUACAAGCUGAUGAAGAGUGACAGCUACCCCCGUUUCCUGCGCUCCAAUGCUUACCAGGACCUCCUGCUGGCCAGAAAGAAGCCUGAGACUGAUCAAGGUCGGCGCACAUCCCUGGAGAAAUUCACUCGCAGUGUGGGCAAGUCUCUGACAAGUAAACGACUGACAGGCCUCAUGCAGUCCUCCUGACGAGUCCUGCAGUUUACAGUUUGUUGGGGUGGAAGGAUUGUGGCCAUGACGGACCACGCGUAUGGACCACCCUCUCUCCAAAACCCACCCGAACACUGCACAGCUACCGACUCUAGAUGGCAGCAUGCAAUAAGUCCAAAAAAAAAAAAAAAGAAAAUCUCCAAACGGCCGCAGUGCCGUCUAUGUCUAUUAAAUCAGUGACUAAGAAGACCUCAUACAUGAAUGUCAGAUUUAUCAGUACCAUCUAGAGAACCAUUUUACCUUUAUUUGGUAUCUACAACCAGACUGCAGCAAGGAGGGAACUGUCUCCCUGGAUUACUGUUAAAAAAACAUUCAUUGUCAGAUCCGAAAACAAGGUGUGCUGUAAUGUCAUCGCAAAGCAUUUAGACGAAGUGAGGAUGUGUCUCAAAUCUUCAGAGCAUUCCAAAGGAGUGAAGAACUUGACAAGGGCUUUCAGUGACUGUGUUCCCUCAGUCAAGGUUUGCACAGAACUUUUCGUCAUUUUUUUUGUUGGACGGUCACUGAAUAUCAAGAAUGAAAGUAGAAACGAACGGGUCUGGAAAAGCACAUUAUUACUCCUGCCAUUUUGAAGAAUCUAGAAUUAUUUAUUCUGUCUACAGGCCGUGUUAUUAGCACGCGGUACUUCUAACCGAGACGAGGAAAUAUUGAAGAGCGAUACCUUUUAGACUCAGUUUUAUUGAGGUAAAAUCAUUUUAAAAAGUGGUAGUAUUUCAGGACGGUUCAGAGCACGAAAUAUUGCUUUUGCACAAAAGGGCGCCAGUGAGGGCCGUUGGCUUCCGGAGAUGUUAGCGUGUUUCCUGUACAGCUUUACAGCAAAAUGUCCAAACAAGUCACAAAAUGAAAUGAUUUAGGAGCGUCUAUGGGCGCCCAUUUUGUCACGUAACAAAAACCCUUUGAGAAGGGUCGAUUAUGACAUAAAUUGCAAUUAUCUCAUUUUAGAUAUUUAAUAUUAAAUUAAAUGACAAAAUUAUGCGAUACUAAGUCAUAAUUAUUACAAAAACGUCAACUUUUAAUGAAAUAAUUAUGACUCUGUGUGUCAUAAUUGUGAUUUACCAAAGCAUUUUUUUCCGUAAGCAUCUGAUAUUACUGUAUGUUUAAAACCAACACAUCGGUCCUCAUAAACUGUUUGUCUUUGCUUUAAUGAAUGGUAUUGUAGCGUAGAACGUAAGCGCAUAACGUCGCUUUGUGUCCGUGUUGUGAUUAGCAUGAGGAUGAAAAUGAUUUGCUCUGAACACACAUGGGGAUCACAGCCCUUCACUUUCAACAUAUCAACAGUAGACAGUGUUUGUGGGAUUACUGCCCAUUAGAAGGUGUUUUUUCAUCGAAGGACACCCAGCUGCAUUUCUGUAUUUUUUGCUUGCAUCCUGCUCGUUUCCUGAAGCAGCAUCACUGCCAGAGACACAUAGACCUCUGCUGGGGGAACACACAAAUUCUCUCGGUUGUCUUUAGUCCACAAAUUUAAAGAGUCAAACGGCAGAACAGAAAUGUGUGCUGCUGAUCUAGCACGUUUUCUUUACACAUUUUCAGGUAGUUGAUUUGUCGACUCAUAACUGUACAUUAGGUUGAAAUGGAAUGUAUAGACUUUGCAGCAAUCCUGGAUAUGGAAAAAGCUGUGUAGAAUACAGAACAUGGAAUAUAACUUAGAGGCACAAGUGCCAUAUUCAGCACAAAACUAUGCAUGGAAUAUUUCUAAAGAGUUUUAUUGCUUUUAGGCUUCUUCUUUUUUUUCCAUUGGCAAAAAUGAAGAUGCAGUAGGUCAAGGAGAAAGGAGGACCUAAAGUCCCGAGACAUUCAAUAAACAUUCAGUUUGGAGAGUUCUGGAACGCUUUUUCGUUUUUCUCUGCAUGGAUCUGUUAAAGGUUGAAUUUAGCAAUACACACAUAGCUACGGUACAUCAGAAAACUGUGCUUCAGUAACGUCGGUGUGGUGGGAUUUCAUAAUCAUACUGGACUGAGAAGAGGAGGAAGGAGGAGGUGUCUCUGAUCAUCUGUUAUUGUGUAUGUGCUGCUCUCUAGUGGUAAGCAUGGCAGGAAUCGUGUGAAAUCAGCAUAGACUUGGUUUUACUUUUUUUUAAUUAAAAUUUACAGUACAACAAGAAUAAAAAAAAAAAGGCAAGAAAAAAAAAAGUACAAAACGAUUCUUGUGAUUGUAAAGGAUUAAAAAGUCAA